CACACAAUUUUCUUCUAAUUUCUUAUAAACCUGACAUGAAUAACAAUAUUUCACUAGCUUGGUUUCAAAAUUUCUCAGAGCAAUUUACGCGUAUCAAAUAUAGCGUUCACGAAAUGCAGCAGAAUAAUUUUAUUCGUGUGUUACUUUCAAUUUUAAUAAUUAUUUUCCCGCUAUAUAUAAUAGUUUAUCGAAAAAAUAGGAAAAGAGAGAAAAAUUUGCCAACUUUUCCUAUAGUCAGCCAUUUCCAUAAAGCGACAGUCAAAAGUUACACGUUUCUAUUUAUUUUAAUAUUUUGGUUAGCUCUUGCAACGUUUUCCGACUCAGUAAAUUUUGGAAUUGUAACAAUAAUUAUUUUGACAGUCGUUGUUAUAAUAAUUGCCAUAACAAAUGAAGUUAAUGAGUUGUUAAUAGGAAUAUUUUCUAUUUAUACAUUUAUUGUUGUAUUCUAUCCACAUGCUGAAAAGUAUCUAAAAUCCAAAAAGGAUUUGAAAUGGAAAAUUAGAUUUAUUUAUUUCUUUGUAGUAUGUAAAAAUGUUGUAACAAAUAUACAUACUAAAAUGAAUCCAGGCAAUAGAGGUGCACUUUUGGAUAGUUUUGCGCGUGCAUACAUCACCUCAAAUUGUUUUCUUCUGGCGUCCGUUUUAUUAUUCAUUCCCAUUCGUAUUAAGUUGCGGUUAUCCUCAAAAAAACUGAGCUCUUUGCAAAACUAUGUGCUCCGACAGGCAAAUUUCUUGGCAAUUGUGAAAUGUAUUUACAUUCCAUUGAUUUAUAUCUCGGCUGCAUACUAUCCAGAGAAAUUCGUUGAUGAACAGUGGUACGUGGCAUGCAAGGUAUGGGACUGUUAUUUUACGGCUGUCCUAAUUCAAGUGUCCUAUUUGGCAACUAACAUUCGGAACUUGGCUUCCUUAUUCAAUCCUUCUAGACUUUGCACAAUGUGCAGUUGUUGUUCCUGUUGUAAAUCAUCGAGAAUUGAUCCACAAGUUGGAACAGUUCCAAUUCAAGUUGUCUCAGGAAAUGUUACUUAAAAAUAAAGCAGUAAAAUUUU